AUGAGUUUCAACCACGCCGCCUUGUUGGCGUGGACGCUCAGCUUCCUCCUGUUCUCGCAGCAGAUCACAGCCCAAUACCCACCGCCUCCGCCGCCAUCCAACAACUCAGGCGGGCCGAGGUUCGACGUCAAGAUGGCCGUGGUGAUGGUGGUCCUGGUCGUCGUCUUCUUCAUCCUCGGCUUCUUGUCCGUCUACACCCGCCAGUGCGCCCAGACCCGCCUCCAGGGUCAUGUGGACCUUGCGCUCCGCAACGGCAUGGCGCGUGGGCUCGACCCCGCAGUCAUCGAGACCUUCCCGGCUUUCCUCUACUCCGACGUCAAGGGGCUCCAGCUCGGCAAGGACUCGCUCGAAUGCGCCGUGUGCUUAAACGAGUUUCAAGAUGACGAAACGCUGCGUUUGAUCCCCAAAUGCGAUCACGUGUUCCACCCGGAUUGUAUCGACACGUGGCUGCUCUCUCACUCCACUUGCCCAGUUUGCCGGGCCUACCUGGUUCCCAAGCCGGGCGAAGAGCCCUACACUUGGGUUGACCCGACUAACCCCGAUAUCGAAUCAGGUCAACCUGAUGCAGGCCCGUGUACUGUGGAUGAACCGCCACCACCGCAUAUGCCACCCCGCCAGGCGUCAGUUCGGGUGGUUGAAGAUCAAAUCAAAGAGGAAGAAUCUCAAACGCCAGUGGUUAUUAAUUUGGUGAAUGUGAGUGAAGGAACCAAUAAAAGAGGUCCACCUAGGUCGAGGUCAACAGGUUUUAGACCGCCGAGGUCAGGAUCAACUGGGAGGCGAUUCACUGGAAUAUUAUUUCCAAGGUCGCACUCGACCGGUCACUCGUUGGUUCAACCCGGCGAGAACGUCGAGAAGUUUACACUACGAUUACCAGACGAGGUACGAGCUCAGCUCAUGAACUCGGCCUUGAUUCGUAGCAGGAGUAGCAACGUGGCAUUCCCAAGGGCUGGGAGUACAAGGAAAGGUCUUAGGAAUGACAGCGUGCGCGGAAAGAGCCCCAAUUUGUAUGAGCGGUUCGAACCAAGCUCGCGGUCAAACCGAGCGAGCCGGUCAAGCCGGUGGGGUUUCUCAAUGAUGCCACCUUUUGUUUCCCGGAACGGUUCUGUUAGGAACCAAAUUGGAGAUAAUGACGUGGCAACCCAGUCGACAGUUGCUCCAUCGGAAUCGAAGAAAUCACAGUUGGCUCAUAUUGACGGUGAUGAUGAUGAACGGUCAACUGAUGCCUUGCGGAGAAAAGAUCAGGUUUAA